AUGACUGCUGUCGAAAUAAUCCAAAUCUGGAGGAGGCUGAUAAGUUUCGUCAAUAUCACUGAAGUCAGAAUUGAAAAGAAAAUUCUGAACACCAGUUGGUUGGUUCCGUACUUCAAAAAGGGAUACAAAAGAGAACUAACAGAAGAUGAUAUGUACCAACAUAGAAGGAAACAUGAUUCUGGAAAACUUGGAGAUCGAAUGGAGGCAGCUUGGAAUCAUCAGGUAGCGAAAAAUGAUGAGCCCUCCCUGAUGAGAGCUCUAUGUAGUGUUUUUCUUCUGGAACUUGGAUUAUUGGGUAUUCUAGUGGUUGUUUCGGAAAUUAUCAGAAUGUCCCAACCGUUACUGAUUUCGAGACUCCUCACGAUUUACGACACCAAUCAAGUAGACGCCGAUAGAAGCGAUGCCUAUAAGUACGCCGUGAUGAUAGUAGUAUCCGCCCUCCUGAACGUCUUCUGCAUCCACUACUUCAACUUACAAAUAAUGCAAGUGGGAAUGAAGAUGAGGGUGGCAUUGUGUUCACUGAUAUACAGAAAAGCUAUGAGACUAAGUACUUCUGCUUUGGCAGAAACCACUAUUGGACAGAUGGUCAACUUAUUGACAAACGACGUAGGACGAUUCGAUCAGGCUACUCAUUUCAUACAUCAUCUAUGGAUGGCUCCAACGGAGUUAUUUGUGGUUAUGUAUCUUUGCUAUACCAACGUUGGUUAUACUGGCUUGACUGGCAUUUUCCUUCUGUUAUUAUCCAUUCCAAUUCAGUCAUUGUUAGGCAAAAAAACUUCAAAAUUCCGGCUAACGAUAGCCUACCGAACAGAUGAACGAGUUCGUCUAAUGAAUGAGAUAAUUUCUGGGAUUCAAGUUAUAAAAAUGUAUACUUGGGAAAAGCCAUUCUCUAUGCUGGUGGAAACUGUAAGAAAGAGAGAAAUGAAAUACAUCAAGUUGACAUCCACAAUACGAGCAAUCCUGAUGUCAUGUUCAAUGACCUUGAACAGAACCGCUGUGUUCACAUGUAUUAUCACCUACGUACUCACAGGAAACACACUCAACUCCGCCUAUGCCUUUACCGUCACUUCCUUCUACAGACUCCUGAACGGUCUUACCAUGUUCUUCCCUCAAGCCGUAUCUCAAGUAUCUGAAAUGCUCAUCUCCAUCAAGAGGAUACGUCAUUUUCUGUUGUAUGAGGAAAUCGAACGUGAUACUCUAGAAGAUGGCAACAAAAACCCCAGCAGAAGGGAUGCUAAGCCCUCAAUACGCACAAAUCUUACAAGUAAGACCUCUGGAAUUCAUUUGAAUAGAGCUUCUGUGAGAUGGUUGAAGUCUCACCCGGAGAAUAACCUGCACAAUGUGACAAUGAAUGUCGAAUCAGGGCAAUUAGUUGCUAUUGUUGGUUCUGUGGGAAGUGGAAAAACGACUUUACUGCACGUUAUUUUGAAAGAGUUGGAGCCCCAGUCCGGAUCUGUAGAAAUAAAUGGAAGGAUUUCAUACGCAUCGCAGGAACCAUGGCUUUUUGGAGGUAGCGUCCGUCAAAACAUUCUCUUCGGUCAGAAAUUCGAUCAGCAGAAGUACGACGAAGUAGUGAGAGUUUGCGCCUUGAAGAGGGAUUUCACCCUAUUUCCCCAUGGAGACAGAACACUAGCAGGAGAAAGAGGAGUGUCUCUCAGUGGUGGACAAAGAGCAAGAAUAAACCUAGCGAGAGCGAUCUACAAAGAAGCUGACAUUUAUCUUCUAGACGACCCUUUGUCUGCUGUGGAUACCCACGUGGCAAAACAGCUUUUCGAAGAUUGUAUUUGCGGCUACUUGGCCAAAAAAUGCGUGGUCUUGGUAACUCAUCAGCUUCAGUUCUUGAAGCACGUGCGCAGCAUAUAUUUGCUGGAGAAAGGAAAGGUACUUGUAUCUGGAUCUUAUGAAGAUAUCAGGAACUCCAACUCCUCUUUCACGAAAUUAUUGCAUGACAUCGAAGAGGAAGAAGAGGAGAUCAGAAGGAAGUCACGCAUGACCCUGGCGAAAGCGGAGGCUGUGGAGAAUGAGGUGCAAGUUCUGGAGAAAGAGGAGACCGGCAAGGGAAGUAUAUCCUGGCAUGUAUACAAGAGCUAUAUGAAAGCUGGAGGAAACAUUUUGAGAGCGAUCAUUGUGCUGCUUACUUUUGUGAUGUCGCAAGCGUUGGACAGUUCUGCUGAAUAUUUCGUAACAUUUUGGAUCUCACUCUAUAGAUGUUACUGUAACGAAUUCAACUCCGCCUAUGCCUUUACCGUCACUUCCUNAUCUCUGCCUAUGACUUUGUUGGAUACAAUUCAGAUUGGACUCAGUGUUGCUGCAAUAAGUACCGUCAUUGGAUCCCUCAGCAUAUGGAUUCUUGUACCCACCAUUAUAGUAUUUGCUGUCUUCUAUUCAAUGAGGGUAGUCUUUUUGCAAACCAGCAGAGAUGUCAAAAGGGUAGAAUCAAUCACUCGUAGUCCCAUCUACACCCAUCUGGCAGCAUCUUUACAAGGACUAACAACUAUCAGAGCUUUUAAAGCUGAGGAAAUCCUCAAAAAUGAGUUCGAUAACUACCAGAACCACAACAGUGCAGCAUUCUUUAUGUUCCUGGGUGCCAAUAGGACAUUUGGUUUUUGGCUAGAUUUCAUUUGUGUUAUCUACAUAGCUGCUGUGUUGGUAACACUGCUGCUUGUCAAAAGUGAAACGUUUGGAGGAAACAUUGGUUUAGCCCUUACCCAGGCCAUGGGUUUGAUGGGAAUGUUCCAAUGGGGAAUGCGCCAGUGGAGUGAACUGGAGAACCAGAUGACGUCAGUGGAGAGAGUGCAAGAAUAUGCUGACCUGAAGCAUGAAGCUGAAAAUAUGGUCAGACCAACCCCAAAGAACUGGCCUGAAGCUGGAAACAUUGAAUUUAAAAAUUUGAAUCUUCGGUACUCUCCCACUGACCCAUGCGUGUUGAAGAAUCUAAGUUUUUCCAUUAAAGCGAAAGAGAAAGUUGGCAUAGUGGGAAGAACGGGUGCAGGAAAAUCGUCGCUUAUACAAGCUCUCUUCCGAUUGGCUGAUAUUGAUGGUGAAGGAGGCAUUUUCAUUGACAAUAUCGACACAAAAUCUAUUCCUUUACAUAAACUCAGAUCUAGUAUUUCCAUCAUCCCCCAAGAACCUGUUCUGUUUUCUGGAACACUCAGAAAGAACUUGGAUCCUUUCGACGAAUAUGAAGAUGAGAUCCUUUGGAGUGCUCUGGAAGAGGUGGAGCUAAAGAAAGCUGUUGACGACCUUCCUUCGGGUCUGGACAGUAAAAUGGCUGAAGGUGGUUCGAAUUUCAGCGUGGGUCAAAGACAGCUGGUAUGCUUAGCCAGAGCCAUUCUGCGAAGAAACAAAGUCCUAGUUCUGGAUGAAGCCACUGCCAACGUGGAUCCGCAUACAGACGCUCUCAUUCAAACAACAAUCCGAAAGAAAUUUGCAGACUGCACAGUGCUGACGAUCGCCCAUAGGCUGCAUACAAUUAUGGACUCUGAUAAGGUGCUGGUGAUGGAUGCUGGUCAAGCUGCCGAAUUUGGUCAUCCUAAUUUCAACUCAUCUUCCCUAGUCAUCUUCGUUCAAUUCACGAAUCAUUUUUAUUUCAUUAAGAUGCAACCUAAUCUAAAACUGCAUAUUUUGCAUCAAAGCAACGUAGUCUAG